AUGAUAGCCGGGACUUCGUUCUAUCCACGUGAUGCUUUAGAAAUCCCGCUGACUACUGGAUGGUAUGGUGUUUAUGAUGUGUUUUUGCAGCGAGUUGAAGAGCAGCAUGCUGAACUGUGCACUUCUGUCAGUGAAAUGCAGCAUGAGCUCUCACAGAUGCAGGAGAGGUUGGAGCAUAUGGAGUAUCGCAGUGAUGAACGCUUUUCCGAAACAGACGAGAAGCUCGGAGCUCUUGACAACAAGCUCUGUGAAUUUAAGAACGAUCAACAUGUAGAGUCGGAGGGAAGCGGUAGUACGUGGGCGUGGCGGCUACUAACCAAAUGUCUCUCAUUCGUUUUGGCUCUGGUGGCUCUCAUCAGUGCUAUUGUGACUGCCCUCGAACAUCUCAUCAAAUCAUUGCCACGAGCCGGUCUUGCCACAUUGAUAUGCAGCGUAAUAUUUGCUGUUGUGAUGUACAGAUGGAUGCAGUGAGAGUGAAACGAUUGUCGUCGUUCUCAUCAUGUCCAUACGACUGACUUGUAAUUGUAAUAAAGUUAGUAGAUACUAAGACCUGCUGCUACAGCUUGUCACUCGCAUUCAGUUGUGACUCUGCGGAUACUAAAAGCUCGUUUGUAUUUCUAUAUACUAAAUUAGUUGAGAAGUGUUGAACGUUUUCUAUUCUAAAUGUUAUUUUACUGGUACUGUACGUGUACACAGUUUCUACUUGGUGUAGACACGUGCCAUUGCUAAUUAAUUGCAAUAGAUAAUUUUAUAUUGAA